ACUCGCCUCUCCAAAUUAGGGUUUCAUUUCCUUCCAUUCCAUUCCAUCCCAAAUCAAAUCAGAAAAUCCAAAAAUUUAAAAAAUCAACAAAAAAAUGGCCGCAGCAGCCGCACCUUUACCAUCAUCAUCAUCCUCAAAAACCGAAAGCUACGUCGACAACAAACGGAAAGACGAUAUCCGUAUGGCAAACAUAAACGCCGCCCGAUCUGUAGCUAACGCCGUCCGUACAUCUUUAGGUCCUAAAGGAAUGGACAAGAUGAUUUCCACUGCUUCUGGUGAGGUUAUUAUCACUAAUGACGGCGCCACCAUUCUUAACAAAAUGGAUGUCAUGCAGCCUGCUGCUAAGAUGCUUGUCGAACUCUCGAAAUCGCAAGAUAUCGUCGCCGGUGAUGGUACUACUACUGUCGUUGUUAUUGCUGGCGCCUUUUUGAAACAAUGCGUUCCUUUGCUUCAUGCUGGUAUUCACCCUACUGUUGUAUCGGAUUCUUUGCACAAGGUUCAAGUUAAAUCUAUUGAUGUGCUAACUGCUAUGGCAGUUCCUGUUGAGCUUUCUGAUCGUGAGAGUUUGAUUAAAUCUGCUUCCACUUCUCUUAACAGCAAGGUAGUGUCACAGUACUCCAGUCUUUUAGCUCCUUUAGCUGUCGACGCUGUAUUGUCCGUAGUGGAUUCAGCCAAACCGGAUAUAGUGGAUCUUAGGGAUGUUAAGAUUGUCAAGAAAUUAGGAGGAACUGUUGAUGAUACAGAGUUGGUGAAAGGUUUGGUAUUCGAUAAGAAGGUUAGUCACGCUGCUGGUGGGCCUACUCGUGUUGAGAAUGCAAAAAUCGGUGUUAUUCAGUUCCAGAUAUCACCUCCAAAAACUGAUAUUGAGCAGUCCAUUGUCGUAUCAGAUUAUACCCAAAUGGACAGGAUUUUGAAGGAGGAGAGGAAUUACAUAUUGGGUAUCAUAAAAAAGAUUAAAGCUACAGGUUGUAACGUGUUAUUAAUCCAGAAAAGCAUUUUGAGGGACGCUGUUACUGAUUUGUCUCUGCAUUAUCUUGCCAAGGCUAAGAUAUUAGUGGUCAAGGACGUGGAACGUGAUGAUAUCGAGUUCAUUACCAAGACGUUGAAUUGCUUGCCCAUUGCUAAUGUUGAGCAUUUUCGUGCGGAAAAACUAGGGUUUGCAAAUAUGGUUGAAGAGGUUUCACUUGGAGAUGGAAAGAUUGUUAAGAUUUCGGGUAUCAAAGAUAUGGGCAGGACUACUACAGUUCUUGUUCGUGGGUCUAACCAGCUGGUUCUUGACGAGGCAGAAAGGAGUUUGCAUGAUGCUUUAUGUGUGGUGAGGUGCCUUGUGAGCAAAAAGUUUCUGGUUGCCGGUGGUGGUGCACCAGAGAUCGAGCUGUCAAGACAACUGGGUGCAUGGUCUAAAGUGUUGCAUGGGAUGGAGAGUUAUUGUGUGAAGUCAUUUGCUGAGGCUCUUGAAGUUAUUCCUUAUACUUUGGCUGAGAAUGCAGGUCUGAACCCGAUUGCUAUAGUGACCGAGCUACGUAACAGGCAUGCUCAAGGUGAAAUUAAUGCUGGAAUUAAUGUGAGGAAGGGGCAGAUUACUAACAUUUUGGAAGAGAAUGUUGUGCAACCGUUGCUUGUGAGCACAAGUGCCAUUACGUUAGCUACAGAGUGUGUUCGUAUGAUUUUGAAGAUUGAUGAUAUUGUCACGGUGAGGUAGAUCUGAUCUAGGCAUGAUUGCCUGAUUAGUAUUCCAGGGCAGGUUUUCUUCAUCAGCAGCAGGUUUCCAAAUUUCUUAUGCUUUAAAUGUUUGGUUUAUUAUUAAGUUUCCUGAGAGAUGUAAGAACCCAUUUUUGAAAAUUUUGACUUGUUAGGUUUGCUCUCUCAUCUUUUAUGAACUUUAAUAACUAUAGUAGGUUGGUAUUUGUAUGUGUGACGUUUUUAUGUGGUGGAAGGUAUAAUGUUAUUUUA